AUGUCCAGUCCUGAAGCCGACGAGGUUUUAUUCGCCUAUAUUGCUGUGGCCCCUCACGCAGUGAGCCUAGUGCUAAUCCGGGAAGACAACGGCACACAACGGCUUUUCUACUACGUGAGCAAAUCAUUGCAGGAAGCAAAAAUCCGUUACCUCCCCCUCGAAAAGGCUGUAUUGGCAAUCGUACAAGCCACGCGAAAGCUCCCCCACUACUUCCAGGCACAUACCGUUGUUGUACUAACCCAACUCCCAUUCAGAUUAAUACUCAGGAGCGCCGAUUACACGGGUAGAAUAGCAAAGUGGGGGACGAUUCUUGGCGCCUUCGACAUUUGGUACAUGCCUCGUACCGCUCUGAAGGGCCAAGUCCUCGUAGAUCUGGUAGCUGAGUUUGCCGAACCCUCAUCAGAAGGAGGAGGAGGGCUACUAUACUCAGACGAAAAACUGAUCGGUGCAGUCUCUCGGCAAGAACCCACUUGUUGGAAAGCAUACGUCGAUGGCGCGGCCAGCCAAAGGGGCUCAAGGGUGGGGCUCGUCCUGAUUUUCCUCGAGGGGAUUACCAUCGAAAAAUCGUUAAGGCUAGUCUUCUCCGCCACGAAUAACGAGGCAGAGUAUGAGGCCUUGUUGGAAGGAAUGUCUAUGAUCCAGAAACUAGGCAGGAAAUCUAUAAGCAUCUUCUCGGACUCAAGACUUGUCGUGGGACAAGUAAAUGGGGAAUUGGACGCGAGGGAUGAAAGAAUGCAAAAGUACCUAGUCCAAGUCAAGUGCUUGCAAGUGCAUUUCAACUAUUUCAGCCUAAUGCACAUAUCCAGGAGCAAGAACACCCACGCUGACUCCCUUGCAACGCUCGCCAUGUCCUCGGCGCAACCCCUCCCUCAAGUCAUACUCGUAGAAGAUCUAUACAGGCCAUCGAUGGUGAGAACCGAGUUGGUGCAUGUUCACAGCGUCAGGGCAAGGCCAAGCUGGAUGGAUCCUCCAGUACUAUUUUUAAAGAAUGACAUCUUACCUGAAGAUAAGAAUGAGGCCGACAAGAUUAGAAGAAAGGCUUCUCGAUUCUGGCUAUCUGAGGACUCCAAACUGUAUAAGCGCUCAUUUUCAGGACCGUACUUGCUAUGCGUGCAUUCAGAUGCCACUGAGGCUAUCCUAGAGGAAUUGCACGAAGGAAUUUGUGGGAGCCAUAUGGGGGGUAGGUCUUUGUCCCAUAGGGCCAUAGGCUAA